AUGGGGAUCCAAGGGAUGGAGCUGUGUGCUGUGGCUGUUGUCAUCCUCCUCUUCAUCGCUGUGCUCAAGCAGUUUGGCAUCCUGGAGCCCAUCUCCGUAGAAGACACCACUGACCCCGACGUGGAGCUCCCAACAAUUCGCCACCAACCCGAGGCCUUGGAGCAUCUCCUGGCAAGGACCAGCUUCACCAAGACAGAGCUCCAAACCCUCUACAGAAGCUUCAAGAAUGAAUGUCCCAGUGGCCUCGUGGAUGAAGAAACCUUCACCCUCAUCUACUCCAGGUUCUUCCCUCAAGGAGAUGUCACCUCCUACGCUCACUUCUUGUUCAAGGCCUUUGAUGCUGAUCACAAUGGAACUCUUUGCUUCCAGGAUUUCGCCUUGGGGCUCUCGGUGCUGCUCCGAGGGACAGAGCAGCAGAAACUCAGGUGGACGUUUGACCUCUACGACGUCAACAAGGAUGGUUAUGUCACCAAAGAGGACAUGUUGGAGAUCAUCAAGAGCAUCUACGACAUGAUGGGUGGUUGUUCCCAACCCAACCCAAGGGUCACAGCUCCUGCCCAGCACGUGGAGAUGUUUUUCCAGAAGAUGGACAGGAAUGGGGAUGGAGUGGUGACCUUCGAGGAGUUCUUGGCCACUUGCAAGGAGGACCAGGACAUCAUGAGCUCCAUGCAGCUCUUCCACAUGGAGCUCUGA